AUGGGGCGUGCAGUUGGAAUUGACUUGGGUACCACCUACUCCCGCGUAGGGGUUUUCCGCAAUGAUCGGUUUGAAAACAUCGCGAAUGACCAGGGAACCCGUAAUACCCCUUCAUUAGUCGCCUUCACCGACAGACAGCGCCUGAUUGGGAACGCUGCCAAUGGCCUAUUUCCGGUGAACGCGCAGAACACCAUUUUCAAUGCUAAGCGUCUCAUCGGCCGACGCUUUCAUGACCCCGAGGUGCAGGUUGAUAAGCAGCGCUGGCCUUUUAAGGUCAUCGACCAAGACUCGAAGGCCGUUGUGGAAGUCGGCUUCAAAGGCGCGACCAAGCAUUUCACGCCCGAAGAAAUCUCGUCCAUGAUCCUUGCCAAGCUUCGUGAGACCGCGGAGGCUUAUCUGGGCGAGACUGUCACCGACGCUGUGAUCACAGUCCCUGCGUCUUUCGGUGACUCCCAGCGGCAGGCCACCAAGGACGCCGGGCUCAUUGCUGGCCUCAACAUCCUCCGAAUCCUGAACGAGCCGACUGCCGCCGCCGUGGCCUAUGGCCUCUGCAAAAAGAUACCAGGGGAGCACCGUGUUCUGGUUGUCGACAUGGGCGGUGGAACGUUCGACGUGUCGCUCUUAGCGAUCGAAGACGGGAUCUUUGCAGUCGAAGCUACCGCUGGUGAUACCCAUCUUGGUGGCGAGAAUUUUGACACUCGCCUCGUCAAUCACUUUGCGGCCGAGUUCCAACGCAAGCACAACAAAGACCUGACUACCGAUGCCCGGGCCCUCUGGCGCCUCCAGACGGCCUGUGAGCACGCCAAACGAACGCUGUCAUCUGCCACCCAGGCAUCCAUCGAGAUCGACUCGCUUCUUGAGGGGAUUGAGUUUAACAUCUCCAUCACACGCGACCAAUUUGAAGAUCUCUGCCACGAUCUCUUCCGCCGCAUCAUGGAGCUUGUCGAGCAGGUUCUCCGGGACGCAGAGACUGACAAGCCCUCCGUCCAUGAGAUUGUUCUGGUUGGCGGCUGCACGCGGAUCCCCAAGAUACAGGCGCUCAUUUCGGACUUCUUCCAAAAAGAGGCAAACCAGUCUGUGAACCCUGAUGAGGCCGUCGCACAUGGUGCCGCUAUCCAGGCUGCGGUUUUGUCGGGCGACACCUCCUCGAAAUCCAUCAGGGACAUUCUGCUUCUUGAAGUUGCUCCAUUAUCCCUCUGGAUUGAAACAGUGGACGGUGGCAAGGCCUCGCUGAUCAAGCGCAACACUACCAUUCCCACUACGAAAUCCGGGGUUUUCUCAAUCUACUCCGACAACCAGUCCAGUAUUUUGAUCCAGGUUUUUGAGAGCGAGCGAUCUGGCGCCGAAGACAGCAAACUGCUUGGCAAGAUUGAACUUUGUAGAACAACCAAAGCUCCACUGGGUGUGCCCCAGAUUCGAGUCACCUUUACCGUGGAUGCCAACGGUAUUACGGGGAUCUCCGCGAUCGAGAAAGGCCCCGAUAAGCCCUCUCAAGUCACUGUGGCUUACGACAAAGGCCGUCUCAAUGAGAUGGAUAUUGAGCGUAUGCUUCUGGAGGCUAAGAAGUACAAGGAGGACGACGAUGCUGAGAUUGCCCGUAUCCAAGCCAGAAGUAGCCUCGAGUCCCGCGCCUACGCUCUCAACAGCGCCGUCACUGAGGGCAAGCCGCCCAUGCCCGACGAACAAAAGAAAAACAUUCAGGCCAGGGUCUUUGGGAUCAUGUGUUGGCUCAGUACAAACCAGGCUGCCGAACGAGAUACGUUGGCAUUGAAGCAACAAGAACUAGAAGGCAUGGUCGUUGGCUUGGAUUUGCCUCUCUUAUAA